AUGUCUGGCUCGGGUAGCGUUCGUCGCCAGGCCUCAGCUAUUGCCAGUCCCAAGCCGCCAUGCACAAUACACCCAUCCGCUAUCAUCUCCGACAAGGCCGUGAUUGUCGGCACUCAUCCCAUUUCGAUUGGCGAGAAUGUUGUGCUGCACCCUUUUGCAAAAAUCACAUCCAAUACCGGAGCCGUACGUAUUGGGAAGAACUGUGUUGUUGGCGACCGUGCUACGGUAGGCUUGAGUGACAGCCCUGGAAGCUAUGCUGGAACCACUGUCGAGCUUGAGGACGGUGUCAGUGUUGAGAGCGGAUCAACUGUACAAGCUGAGAAGGUAGGCGCUGGCAGUACGAUAGAGGCCAACUCAACUCUAGGUCCCGGCGUAGUGAUAGGAAUGUUUUGCAAAAUCACAGCGUCUUCACGUAUUCAAUCAGAAACUCUGCCAGAUUUCACCGUCGUCUACGGCGAAAACGCUAGACGUAUAGACACGACUACAAAGACUCGAUCAGAUGUCAGAGAUCUCAAAGUCAAGGGUCAAUUGAUGCAUAUCGAGACCCUGAAACGUUUGGUACCCAGCAACACCAUGAAGUGGCUGUCUUGA